GGUGGGGGAAUAAAACGACCAGAUUAUUUAAUUAAUGCAUGUAAUAAUUAAUAUUUUAUUUUAUUGUAAAUUAAGACGUAUUUAUGGGUUAAAAUGGAUUACGACUUCAAAACAAAGCUGGCGGCGGAGAGAGAGAGAGUAGAAGAUCUGUUCGAAUAUGAAGGUUGCAAAGUGGGUCGAGGCACCUACGGGCACGUUUAUAAAGCUAAGCGCAAAGACGGGAAAGAUGAGAAGGAGUAUGCACUGAAACAAAUAGAAGGCACUGGAAUAUCGAUGUCGGCCUGCAGGGAAAUUGCUCUGUUACGAGAACUGAAACACCCAAAUGUCAUUGCCCUGCAGAAAGUGUUUCUGUCCCACAGCGACAGGAAGGUUUGGCUCCUCUUCGACUACGCCGAACACGACCUGUGGCACAUCAUCAAGUUCCACCGCGCCUCGAAGGCCAACAAGAAACCCAUGCAGCUGCCCCGAGGGAUGGUGAAGUCUCUCCUGUAUCAGAUUCUGGAUGGGAUCCAUUACCUCCAUGCCAACUGGGUUCUCCACAGGGAUCUGAAACCAGCAAACAUCCUGGUGAUGGGGGAGGGUCCUGAGCGAGGACGGGUUAAAAUCGCGGACAUGGGUUUCGCCAGACUCUUCAACUCUCCCCUCAAACCGCUGGCAGACCUUGACCCCGUGGUGGUGACAUUCUGGUACAGGGCGCCGGAGUUGCUGCUAGGGGCCCGGCACUACACCAAAGCUAUCGAUAUUUGGGCGAUUGGCUGCAUCUUUGCGGAGCUGUUAACGUCUGAGCCCAUCUUCCACUGUCGCCAAGAAGACAUCAAGACCAGCAACCCGUUCCAUCACGACCAGCUGGACAGGAUAUUCAGUGUCAUGGGUUUCCCUGCAGAUAAGGACUGGGAGGACAUUAGGAAGAUGCCCGAGUACCCGACACUGCAGAAAGAUUUCAGGAGGACGACGUAUGCAAACAGCAGCUUAAUCAAAUACAUGGAGAAGCAUAAAGUCAAACCAGACAGCAAAGUUUUCCUCCUGCUGCAGAAACUCCUCACCAUGGACCCCACUAAAAGAAUCACAUCAGAGCAGGCACUGCAGGACCCCUACUUCCUGGAGGAUCCUUUACCAACCACUGAUGUGUUUGCUGGCUGUCAGAUCCCGUAUCCAAAACGAGAGUUUCUAAAUGAAGACGAACCGGAGGAGAAAACAGAAAAGCAGAACCAGACCCAGCAGCACCAGCAGACGACAGGCCAGACCCAGGCGCAGAACCAGCAGCAGACCACGGCCCAGCAGGCCCCUUCCCAGCAGAGCUCAGCCCAGACCAACGGAACCACCGGAGCCACGGGGGGCGCUGCCGGCGGGGGUCUGCAACACGGCCAGGACCAGGGGCCACCAAACAAGAAACCUCGGAUCGGGCCCUCUGGGGCCUCCUCAGGCACUGGGGUGCUACAGUCAGAGUACCAGCACUCCAGCACCCGCCUUGGUUACCAAAGCAAUGUCCAAGGUUCCACCCAGCCCCAGAGCACCAUGGGAUACUCUUCAUCCUCCCAGCAGAGCUCCCAGUACUCCCACCAGACGCACCGUUACUGAGGCUCCCAGUCACUCCUGAACCAGCAGAGGAGUCGGCCACCACACUCCCUCCCCGCUCCGCCGAGCGUCACAUCAUUCCAACGUCCUCCUCUCCACCUCCCCCUGACCUUUGACCUCCGCUCUGACGGCCUUCACUGGAACGUGGAGGCAAACAAACAUAGGAACCAAAAAAUGAGAAGUUCUGCCUCGUCGGGCUGGUGAACAAGUGAAAAUAUUGUAAGAUAGACGUGAAGAACCAUGGCACUUAGAAACACAAUGUUCCUCAUGAGGAGAAUACGCAGCUGUGUUCAUAUAUGUAUAUUAUAUAGCACCUUUUCUAUUUCAUUUUUCUCUCACUUAUUUGCUAGAAAUUUCAAGUUUACCUUGAUAGUUGAUGUCAUUGUAAAUAUUGUAAGAUAAGGAGGCGAUGGGACGAAAUGAAAAGCAGGAGGAACAGCCCUUUACUGUCAUCUGUAGAGUAAAACGACCUUUAGAUAAUCAGAAGACACAUUUGAGCUAAUCUUUUAAGACAAACACACAUAUUUCUACAAAGAAAAUCUCAGCUCUACGGCUGAAGCAGAUGCAGGGAAAUAUUCAAUGCGCAAUUUAACUAAAUCUUCGUAUGUUAGGGUUUCUAUACUUCAACCUCUCUUUGUCUCCACGUGGACUUAAAGUAAGAAGAGUCUUUUUCAAACUGUAUAUUCUGAUUCACUCCGCUACCUUUAGAGAUAAGAAACAUUCACAGCCGAGCUUCGUUUCCUCUGACGGCUUCGUGGCUGCCGGCUCUUGGUCCUGGAGCUGCUUGUUGACUCUCUGCUCUGGCAGCCGUCUCAUCGUGGACCCUCAAGACUUUCUCUGAACACGAGCGUGCGCAUAAACGUACAGGGCAGCUAACAGUACGGGCCCCCUCUUCUAUAUGCUUCUUGAGACUGUUACUGCCUGAUGUCAGAUUGUUUUUUUAAGGUUUUAAUGUUAUCAUUGUUGCCCUGAGAGUGAGUGUGAGACUGUGUGAGUGUCUACGGUAUGUUUUUUAUGCACGUUGUUUAUCUUUUUACUGACUAGAAACUGCACUGACCGCUGAACCCAUCUGCAAAGAGCUGGAACAAACGUGGGGUGAGUUGAACUGUUUCAACGCUCGUCCUCUUCCACUCCGACCCUCGGGCCAAACACUGAGCAGGCUUCUGUAAACGCUGGGGUUCCUUUAAAGACAGACGGUGCGUUCUUUAAUACAAACUAAAGCCUGAUUUAUACUCUGGAGUCAAAGUGACCCAGAGAUAAACAAACAUAAACCUACCUGCACGUCCUAAGAAUAGUGUCCACAUGGCCUGUGAUUGGUCCGCUGUGUAGCGCUGGCGACUACCGGUCUUAAAGUGAUGUCUACAGGCACACUGUGGAUUCCAGAGUGGUGGUUCUUGAUAGCCUAGUGUUAGGACCCAUCACCUUCUUCUCGACCAAUUAUGACCAAGAUUCUGAAAUGUUUUUUUGAUGACACAUUAGGCUCUAUCAAAAGAUCUGUGAUGAACCAUCAAGCCAGUGUUUUACAGUGACUUAAGUGACUCUUAUAUGCAAACCCAGUUUGACAACCUCACACCAGUAAAGCCAACAAAGCUGCCAUAUCUCUUGUCUUCUAAUACCGGUAGUCACUUAAA